AUGAUAAAAAUUGUUCAACUCUACAUGUAAUAAAGUGGAAUGAAGUUAAAUUGGAAAAUUCUCUAUAAUUUUUCAAAAUCUGUUCAAUAAAAGUCAAGUGAAACCUUUGGAGAAGGAUUCUAUUGCUAAUAACUUUUUACAGGUUGUUUAGCUGAGUAUGCUUAUUACAUUGAAUCGAAUAAGGAGGCAAUCAUCAUUGACCCUUUGAGAGAUAUUUAACCAUAUAUGUAAUUUUAUAUAUAACGAUAAUAGAGACCUUGCAAAAGAGAGAGGAGCAAAAAUAAAAUAUGUUCUCUUAACGCAUUUCCAUGCAGAUUUUGUAGCUGGUCAUGUGAGUUUAAAGAAUUAAACAGGAGCAUAAAUAAUUAUGGGUCCAAAUGCAGAGGCACCAUUUAUUAAUAAAAUAUUAAGAGACAAAGAAUUUCUAAAUUUAGGAUAAAUAAAAGUUCAAGCUCUACAUACACCAGGUCAUACAUAAGAAUCUACAUGUUUUUUAUUACAUGAUGGGAAGGGUAAAAAACAUAGGUAUAAAUAUAUUUUAUAAAUAGUUUAUUCACAGGAGAUACUUUAUUCUUAGGUGAAGUAGGAAGACCUGAUUUAGCAGUAAAAAGUGAUUUGAGUCAAUAUGAUUUGGCAAUUAUGUUAUUUAAAUCUCUAAGAGAAAAAUUAAUGCCAUUACCAGAUGAUGUAGUUGUUUAUCCUGGACAUGGAUAAGGUUCAGCUUGCGGAAAGAAUAUUUCUUCGGGAUAUAGUUGUACAAUGGGAAAUUAAAAGAAAAAUAAUUAUGCUCUUUAACCAAUGGAUUAUGAAACAUUUGUAGGAGAGGUUGUAAGAGAUUUACCUAAACCUCCAUAAUAUUUCUUUUAUAAUGCUGGGUUGAAUAAGAACAAUACUACCUCAGAUUUAAAUGAAAUCCUAAAGAAAUCAAAUACAAGAUUAUCCCCUAAAGAUGUCAAACUUAAAAAUAAUGCUUAAAUUAUAGAUUCUAGAAAUUCAAUUUCUGAAGGAUUCAUUCCUGGAUCUAUUAACGUACCAUUAUAAAUUCCAUUUGCUCAUUGGGUUGGUACAUUAUUACCACACAAUAAAGAAGUCAUUAUUGUAUGUGAAAAAGGAACUGAAGAAUAAACUAUAAUGAGAUUAUCAAGAAUAGGUUAUGAUAAUAUUUUAGGAUAUAUGUAUUUCGAAGACUGGUAAUAAGCUGGAGAAUCAAUUAGUAAACCAAAUGAAUUAGAAAAAUAAGAAUUCUUGAAACUCUAAUAAUCUAAUUCAGGAUAAAUUAUUGAUGUUAGAUCUAUGGAAGAAUGGAGAAAAGGAAAAUUAGAUACAGCUAAAUUAUACUCUCUUAAUGAAUUAUAGAACAAUUUAGAUAAACUCAAUAAAGAUUAAUAAAUUAAUAUUUAUUGUGGAACAGGAUAAAGAGCCAAAAUUGCUCAUACUUUGUUAGUGGCCAAUGGUUUUACAAAUGUUUAAUAUUGUAAAGUGGGAUAUGAAGAAAUUAUUAAACCAUGA